GUUCCUGUACCAUUAAAUUGGGACGAGAGUAAACGAGAAGCAGAGCGCGCACAGGGAGGCUUUUGUGAAAAAUUCCCCAGCUCCAAUCUUGAGCUACAGUGAUCCAAAAAUCUCGUAAGUAAUGCCUAAUUCAUCUAUACAUCGUGAUUUAUCGAUUUAGAGCUUUAAAACGAGUUUUUGGUUCAGGAAUUUCUUGAAUUCCCGAUAAGCUAAAUUAGGGUUUUGGAGUAUCCGGAAGCCGAAUUGAGCCCAAAUUUCAUAUACGAGCUUCCUGCAGCGAGGUAAUCAAUCCUCUAGUUCUAAUCCCUGAAUUUCGGCUAUUAUUUAGAUCGGAGCCGGGAUCGCUGAAUUUAACUCCGGCCAGGGUUUGAUGUGUUUUUAUCAAGAAUUUGACCCGGAGCCUAGAACUAAUAUUGACGGGGAUACUGCAGGGGAUAUUAGGACGGUCUCGGAUUUUAAUUCGGGGUUCGUUCGUGAAAUUGACAUUUUAGUACGGGAAGGUUAAACCGGUGUUUGAACGACCAGAACUGGUGAGGGAUUAGCACGGCAUACCGGGUUUGUCGUAUCACGAUAAUUAUAUUGAUGCUUAGAAUUGAUCUAAGUGAACUAGAAUGACAUGAUCAGGGGUGUAUGAGCUUUUGUGCUAUAUGUUGAACCCUGGAUUGCUGUAUGAUAUUAUUGACUUGCCCUAACCGAUAUGAACCUUGUUUAUGUUGAUGAUUGCAUACAUGUUGCCAUUUGUGGCUUAAUUGUUGAUAUGACUUCAUGGUUGUUCGAUAAGGGGUUUUGACAUGGUGUGAUAUUAUGGUUGUAUUUGGAUCCAUAAGUGGGGGAAUAAACUUCCCAGGGUGAUAUUAUGAUGUUUAAGGAGGAUGACUUGCACGAGGGUUUAUCCCGAGGAAGUGCAAUUAUACAACUCCUGGUUUACCUAUGUUGAGCCAAUUAUGGGCAGGUCAAGUACAUGUGCAAGUAACGAAUUGUGAUUAAGCAAGAUGAGAUAUGAAUCAUGUAUAAGGAUACCAAAUAUGAGUGUUGUGGUCUCACGGUCAACUACAUAGUAAUUAGGGCUCCCUGUGCUAUUACUCUAUUAUGAUAUGUAUGAUAGUCACACCUCUCAUGUGGUGGUGACUGAAGAAUUCUUACGAGAUUUGACCACACCCAGAGCGGUGUCGGGGUAUGACUACACCCAUAGUGGUGUGGGGUAUGUAUGACCACAUCCGACGGGAUGUUGGGGUAUGUAUGACUACAUCCGACGGGAUGUGGGGUAUGUUUCCCGGGAGAGUUAUUAGCAUGGGAGUAGCCAGGCGCCUAUGAUUAAAACAUGAUAAGAUGCAUAUGCAUAAGUCAAAGUGGUUGAGUCUUUUGCUUAUUGGGAUAUGAGGAUGGCUGAGGUCCGAUCCUAGUGUUUUGGCUUGUUUGCUAGAUGUAUGGUAGGGGUAUGCUCUGUUAUGAACUCACGAUGCUAUGAUUAUCUCACUCAGCUAUGAGCUGACCCUCUUUUAUUCUUCUUCUCUGCUUAUGCUAUGUGUAAGCAGAUCAUCAGCAGCAGCAGUAGAUAAGUGUUAGGGGAGAGGAGCUAGAGUUGAAGCCAAGAUGAGGUAUGGUCUUCAACUAUUCUGUGCUUGGACGACUACUUGGGAUUUUGGCCAGUGAUCCACACCUUUUUGUAAAAAUGUUUUGAGAACAUUUUCAUGUGCAUACUAGCUUCGAAUGUAGUGUGAGAUAUCCACAGGUGUGGAAAGUUGAUGAUAUGUGUAUAUUUUUGUAAUUGUGUAAGUUAUGACGAUUAUGGCUUGUAUUAGUAUGGUAUGCAGUUGUGUAGUAUGAAACUGUGACUAUGGCUAUGAAAAGCCAAUGCAUAUGGUUGUGAGUAUAUAUGUUGUAAUGAAUUAUUUUGCAGGAUAAGUUGCAAGAACUGUUAGCCCAUUACGCGAGUAAUUCAUGUCGAAAUUUUAUUUGGGUAAAUUUUGAUAAUUAAUGUAACGCCCGAGAUUAAUUCCGCUGCAAUUGUAUGAACAAUAUGAUUAGGCAAAACGUAUAGGGUAGGGUGUUACAUAUCCUCCAUUAAUGUACCGAAUACAAUGGCAUGAGGAUAUAAUAGUUUGACAAUUGAGUAAUAGUCAAUUAUUGACACGCCAAAACACAACACCAAUCUGCGACCAAGUGUAAUCGCAGACCGGGAAUGCAGUAACAGGCAAGUUAUAUUAUCAACCCGGGGUCUAGGUCUACUGCUUACUCAGUGAUUCUCUAUUAUCUAGCCAACUAAAGUAAGUGAUUGUUGUUUAAAAACAAAAGCAGAAAGAAAGCAGGAAAUUAUUCGGUUUUCUCAAGCAGGUAAGAGUCACUCGGGAAUGAAUCCCCCUAGCUCCUUAGUUAGGUUUCAAUUGUAUUUCCCUGGGUUGAUUUACUGUUGAUUAGACUGCGGAAGAUCCGACAGUAGCUUGGAAUCUCUUAAGCUGACCAAGCCCUCUCAGUCUAUCUACCCGGCAGACGACUAGUCUUCACCGGGAUAGAAAGCUGAAGCAGUAAGAACAGAACUCCACUACUGGAAUUAGAUUCCAGUACAAAGCAGUAAACUGGCUAACUCUCGUAUAGCCAGUCUCCUACUACCGAAUGAUGAGACUCUAGCAACCUAAUCAGAUUCUAUCUAUCUCAGAUUGCAGCAGGAAUCAGGAAAAGUUGAUCAGACUUCAAUUGACUCAAUAAACAUGCAUCAUUUGAUUAAAAUCAAACAGUAAUAUCAUCCCAAGUCAUUACACUCAAUCCCUAACACAUAGAACUAGGGUUCUUCAUCCCCAAGUGAGAGAGGGGUUCUACUCCAUAGAGAGAGAGAGGAAAACAAGAUACAAAGUAGUCAUACUCAUAAAGAUGAGGAAAAUCUGCUCUGGGAUGAUGAUUUCCACUCCUAUGACGAUCUCCAAGCUUGAUUUGAUGAAACCCAGCUCCAAGAUGGCUUCUAGGAUGUGUUCUUCGUCCUUUCUCUCUCUAGGGCUCUGUUUUUGCUCAAAAGGUCCGAUUCUCCCUCUUGCAGCCCGGAAUUGGGUUAAAACCAAGAAAUCCCGACUCACACGGGCAGGGCCACACGGCCGUGUGGCAUACCCAGUUGCCCGUGUGAGUCAAAACGCUGCGUUCCACUUAGUUCGUCCUUCAGGCAUCCCACACGGCCAGGGUCGCACGGCCGUGUGUGACGUCCAUCUGCCCGUGUUUGCUCUCGGCGAAAGUCACACGGCCAGACCACUUCUUCACACGGCCGUGUGGAUUAUCAGGGCAGGCCGUGUUUGCUCUCGCACAAUCUCACACGGCCACAAAUAUGAGUUGCACGGCCGUGUGAUUUGUGGGUGUGCCCGUGUGGCCUCCUUUGUGACUUGCCUCGCGCCCGAUCUUCGUCCAAUCGACCCCAAACUCGCUCCCAAGCCUCCAUUCACGUACUAGGACCUGAAAUAUCACAAACAAGCACACCCUAGCGUGAAAUCGGCCUAAAACACGAGAAAUCACAUCUCAAACGGUGUAAGAACAGGGGUAAAAACAUGUGUAAUUAACGGUCUAUCAAUUAUUCAAUGAUUGAAAUCGUGUUUCAAUCCCUUCAUACCGCUAAAUAUUGCCUACCGACUUAGCAUUUGAUAUGGGAUUUUUCUUCUUGAACCGAUGAUACGAUACAGUUUUAUAUCCUUACUAAAAAAAGCAUCCUAGAAGCCAGGGGCGGAGGGAGAGAGUUAGAGGGUGGGUCCCGGGACCCUCCCUGGCUCGAGUUAGAAAAUGGUCAAUUAGGUACAAUAGUUAAUCGGGUAUGAAAAGUAAUACGUAUUUAAAUGAAAUUGGUAGACUUUC